AUGACGCACUGUCCCGCGCCCCACGCCGCCCGGGAGGCAGGCUCUGCUGGCAGUGUUGGAAUCGAUUCCAGGGAUUCCAACAGCCUCUGGAAUCGGAAUCGGGUAGACGAGAACGAAGCAAGAUCAGUAGCUCAGGAUGGCAGUGAGAGCAGUAGUACUUCAGACACCACGCCUGCUACAUCUUUCAGUCUCCACGCCACCACCGACCCCUCGAGUCUACGCAGCCCAGUGGCCGUGUGUGUCUUGGCGUUGGGCGUGACGUGCAGCAACGGUGGUAAUAGCAACGGGAAGCUUGAUGCACAGCACAGCACAGCACAGCACAGCGGAGAGAUUGGUGGUGAGUUGACGAUCCAAAGGCCUGACUCCACAGCGGUAAUGAGCCUUGUGUACCUUGCACUGUCUUCACUGACAACGCCCACUACUAACCCCUCUGCCUCCGCCACCGUUUCAAGAUCAGGAAGGACUCUGCCUUGCAUCGCGCACUGUGAUGGUCGCCGUCCCCGCCCCCGCACCCGCCGCCGCUGCUGCUGCUGCUGCUGCUGCCGCUAAGGGAGAAUAGUUUGUUGAGUGGAUGACGGCGCGUUCACUGACCCUCUCCCCAUCACCCUACCAACUCCGGCCACCCACCCCCCUGCCACCAGACACCUGCUACACCACCACUACCGCCGGCUCCGUCCAGUGAAAGAUUCAUCGCAGACCUGCCAUUCAACGCCUGCCGCCGCCGCCGCCACCACCACCACCUCCUUAUGGUGGUGUCACUGUACCUGGAGCUGUUGUCAUGAUUGAAUAAUAAAUUGUGAAGAAAU